AUGGACUCACAUCUUGAUGUUAGGCAAAGCAAACACAAAAGGCCCUUCAGGUGCCAAGCGUGGGAAGAGAGCUGGCUCCAGUACAUGCAAUCACGAAGCGUAAUGAGAAAUUUCAGCUUACGAUACAGCCGUGUUGGUAAAUCAAACUCCCAGAUUCUUGCUCCAGCCGGAAGCAGCUUAGACACGGCCCUAGUAGCAUUUGAACGGUUCUUCGAAGAAUACACGGGAAAGAGCUGGGCGCUGCGUGGGAACGGAAUUCUGCCCCAGCCGAAGAGAGAUAGUGCAGGUAACCUCUUACCUCCCCAUGAGGGUUGGUAUAUCUACGAAGACAAUACAAAUAUGUUCCUCGACUUUAUCCAGAAAGGCUCGGCCAGCACCACCGAUGCAUUUGGAAAGUAA